CAACACACACACAAUAGGCCUAACAAUAGAAACGAAGGCCAACUCUCGUUUGUACGAGGCCAAGGGGUAUCGAGUGCAGCGCAUGCAGUACUAGUGCAUGCAGUGUUUUGGAAGAGGAAAGGGUGCGUUCACGAAAUUACGGAUCGUCUUGCUUUACCUUCGGUAAAUAUUGGAAGUAAGAAGCGUUCAUCAUGUGUUGCUGUUCCAUCUCUUGUGUCAAGUGUUUCCUCUACUUCCUAGAUGUCCUGUUCCUGCUCUCGGGCAUCGGCUUGUUCAUCACCGGUAUUCAUGUACUGGUAGGAGUUACCUCUGGGGCGUACGCCUCCCUCCUUCCCAACAUCUCAUACAUGUAUGCUGCGUACAUCCUCAUCAUCAUCGGGAUUUUCAUCGUCAUCGUCGCCAUCGUCGGGUGUGUUGCAGCAGUCAGGGAGGGCGUCUGCUGUCUUCUCACGUUUUACUUCAUGGUUGUCAUCGUGAUCUGCCUGGAGGUGUCGGCUAUCAUCAUUGCCUUCGCAGGCCUUCACAUGAGAGGCGACAUGUCAAGCUACGUGUCGGCGAGCAUGAAACGAGGGCUCUAUUACUACCAGGAUGAGAACCACGCCGAGAUGAAGACGGCGUGGGACACUCUGCAACAAGAGGUUGAGUGCUGCGGAGUGAAUUCACCUACAGAUUGGGAGGUAACUGGAGGAUUUCCGCCUGGUAUCGUUCCCAACUCAUGCUGUAACGGCCCUGAGGGCGCAUGCACUAGCCACUACAUGGAGGGUUGUGAGGAUUACAUCUUGAUGGAGUUACAGGAUUGGUUGACCUUGAUCGGUGUCGUCUGCAUCAUCUUCGUCAUCAUACAGAUUCUACUGGUCUGGUUCAUUUUGAUCCUGUUCUUCAAGCUCCACAGGGGAAGCAAAUACUGCUGUGGAUGUGGCGUCUACUCUUCCGUCAAAGACCACGACUAACCCGCCUCUUAGAGCUGCUAUGGCCCAUAUUCUUGAGAGCCGCCCAAGUUAAAUUCUGCUUCAAGCCCCACUGCACUACUUAUAUCUACUUGCGCCCUCUAUAUAGCAAACAAUACCUUAGCGGUACCCGUUGAUCCACCAUGAUACCCUUUUUCUUAUGUUAAUUGAGAGCUGAUUUGAUGAGAUAACCAGCUGUAAGUGACCAUCAGGGUGGUCAAAUCCCUCCUGGCCAAACUAGUGCGCAGGGGCUUUAAAGACAAUCCAACCCUUUUAAUAAGCUCAUUUAUAUGAAAGUAGAAAGAAUAAAAGAAAUAGAAUGGUGAAAGUUUAAAAUCAAUUGGACCAUUAAUAAGGGAGUUAUGAAUGUUUGAAAUAUGAAAUCACUAAAGCUAUGCAAAUCUCAAAUUGGCAAUAAGGUCAGAAGGUUGUGACAUAGUGAUGGACAACUCUCCUGUUUGUCGUGUAAAAAUCAUUUCAUUAAUUCCUGUUUUUCUCCUAAGUGCCUUCUAUCUUGGAGCAUUACACAAAAUAUAUUAUGGUUGGAAUAUUAUUAUUAUUAUAGGUCCUCUAAAGGGAAAAGAGAAAUUCUGAGUCUACGAUUUUCAUGUAGACAUUUUGUGUAAAAGUCUUCCUUUUGUAGACUGAUGGUUAUAUCGUUUGGUCUAUAUCCAAGGCAUAUAUAAUCAAGGACUUCCAUAACAUUGGUUAUUCCAUGUUCAUGUAAUUUAAUUCAGUUAUAUUGUCUAGUACUAACUGGUGAGGAUAUUGGAGGUCUAUUGUUACAUCAUAGAUAUCAGUAAGUCCAAAUUUUGGCAGUAAUAUUUGUUACCACUGUUAACCACAUCAUGAACCAAACAAAAUAGGUGAGAAUUUGUUAAAUAUUUCAGAAUUUCUAUAUUCAACUCAUUGUAUUCCAAAGCACAACUGUCUUUCCAAAAUAUGUCUUCUCCAUUGAAACAGCUUGUAUAUAUUUCUUCUUUUUAUAUUCAUCAGGAAAUUAAAGCUAGGUACUAAUAAUGUACAUAUAUUUGAUGAUAUUUGUAUUAAAUCUGCAGUACCGAUUUAGAGAGAGAAAGAACAAAUAUUUAUAUGUAUUUUCAUAGUUAUAGAGACUGAUGAUAAUGAUAGUACUGUAUCAUUUUUGUUGUAUUGGCAUUAAUGAUUAAAAGGGAUCUAUCACUGAAAUUAUAUAUCUGUACAUCUUUAGAAGAAGAUGUUAAAUUCAUCCCAGAUAAACUGUCUUGCUCCUUCAAUUGGGUAGCAAUUAAAGUAUGUAAGAAGAAAACAAACAAAUAUCGGAUUUUUAGGUGUGUAAGAAGAACAAAACAAUUAUCAGAUUUUUAGGUCUGUUCUGAACUUUCUCAGAGUUUAACAUUUAAAUAUUUAUGCAAGCUGUUGACUCACAAGUGCCUUCAACCUUUGUUCAGAGUGUCUUAAAAUUUAUUUCUUUACCGAAGUAAUAUACCGGUAUAUGAAGCUGAUAAUUUUGGAUGUUGGAGCCCUGUAACAUACAUCAUUUCUUUUCACCAAAUUCAUAAUAUCUACCUUCAGUCCAUUAUGUCUCUAAAAAUCAACAGUAACUUUCUAUCAUUUUAUGUUGCAAGAUAACAUUCUCUGUAAGAUACACUCAACUACUGUAAUAAUGAAGAUACAAAGCUUAUGCUAUUGAUUGUCAAUUUUUAUGGUAGAGGGCCGAGAGUUGAGGUCUAAACAUCCAGCGCAAAUCAUGAAUUUUGUGAUGGCUCUCUUUUUUUGUAAAAAUGUUAUCUUAUUGUAUUUUUUGAUGAUUUAAAGCUGAGAAGAAUGAUUUUUCCCCUCUUUUUUAGAAGACUUUAGGCCUGAAGCAAAACUUUUUCUUUCUUUUUUUGCCUAGUACUUUUUACCUGACACAGCCUGCCUCUACUCUGUGUAAUAAUUUACUUCUUUACUGGCACACUAUUAGCUUUUUGUCUUGCACUUGUAUUUUCCUAAGUUAUUUAAUACAUAUACAUGGUAUUUACUUUGCUUAUAAAUUCCGAAACAUACACAUGGUAUAUUGCAAACUUACAUAUUUAAAAAGUAUAUUCACAUCAAGGAAACUCCUUUCUUCUUCUUUUUUAACCGUAAAACAUUAAAAACGUAAAUAACUUGUUUACUUCUUAACACAUAACCAUUUACAUAAUAGAUCAGAGGCUGUGCUAUUUGUUAUUAUUAUUAUUUAUCCUUAAGCUAAUAUUAUGUAUAAACUAACUUGCCAGCGUGGUGCAUUUGUAAGCCUUUUUUUACUUGCUUUUUCUCAUAUUUAUUGGGUGGGCAAUUUUAUUUGGUGUUCAUUUUAAAUGUCAAGAAUAGUUUUUAAACUUCAAGAUUCACCCAUCUUGGUGGUGAUUUAGUGAAACUGAAGAACUUGUUUUUAGGACUUUAGAAAAAUAACAUGAAAAGAAUGAUUGUAAAGUGAGUAAUAUACUAGAGAUAUUGAAAAUAAUGAAAUGUAUUAUCAAUUUCAGAUAGUUUUGCUGAACUGUUGCUACUAUUUUGUUUUAUGUGAGGGUUUUCUUCCAAGCAUUUUCAGUUUAUUACUGAUUUUUGGUGCAAGUAAGCAUUAUAAAUACUGAAAACAGACAUUAGUCUUCCAGAAUAUUGUGGUUAGAAAGUAUUAUGUAUUCAUUCAGCAAAGACACACAAUAAUUAGCACUGUAAUAGCACUAUUAUACAAGCACAAAGCCAUGCUGAAGAGCGUACUAUUUUUCUUGAAGGAGUUAUUUUGUAUUCAUGAAAGCCCUAUACCAAUUCUGGUAUUAGGAAAAAUAAGUAGUGCAACUGCCUUAUAAAAGCUGAGUCUGUAAUUCACUUUCCUUUGUAUGUAUGGUUUCUAUUUCAAGAGAAAAUACAGAUUUUCUUCAAAGAAAGACCAGAAUUAUGAUGGGUAGGAAAAUCGGCAUGGUUAAGUAUGCAUCAUUUUCAAUAAAGGCUUUUAUAGAAAUU